UGCCAAGAAGGGCGUCACCCUCACGCAGCGAACGGGGCGGGGUUCUGAUCCUGGGUAGUGUCCAUGCCAUGCCUAUCAUAGCGCCCCGGCCGGAGCUGUUGCUGACGUAUCUCGAUUCCACUGGUCAGAGUUGUGAAAGAAGGCCGCUUUCGGGUGCAUGUUCAGUGUGUUUAAGUCUGUAAGCAUGGAUUUUGCUUCGGCUCGUCUAGCUAUUUUGAGCGUACUACAGGGUGUGUGCGCGGAGGAUUUGCCCCGCCUCCUUCGCUGGAUGAGAACGACAAAUGACUUUGAUGAAUUUACAUCCAGUAAUGAUGAUAUUAUUCUCAGAAAUAUUGCUGAAGAUCUUAGACAUCGUUUGCCCACUGAAGCAAUGCUUAGCUCAGAGCACCUUGCUGUUCAGAAACUACAUCAGCAAACAAAACCCACAGUUCAUAUUGAUGCAUUUCUUUAUGAUGAUGACUGUAUUGACUCAUUGUGUGAAGAAGGGAAGAUGAGCAGAAACUACUGUCUAACAUGUGGCUCACAUCAGACAGCACCAUUAGAGUUCAUUUCUCACUCUUUUUCCCUCAUGGAACUGAAGUUUCUCUAUCGGCAUGUAUUGCCUGACCUGACAGGAAAAGCUGUGGUUGACGUUGGCUCCAGACUUGGUGCAGUCCUGUUUGGGGGCUACUUUUAUAGCUCAGCAUCUCAAAUCUAUGGUGUUGAAAUGAAUACAGACUUUUGCCAGUUGCAGGAAGUUAUCAUUGCAAAAUACCAGCUUCAUGAAAGAUUAAAGGUGAUAAAUGCAGACAUUUGUACUCAGGCUUCACUUCUUCAGAAUGCUGACAUUAUUGUAAUGAAUAAUGUCUUUGAAUAUUUCCUUGACAGAUCAGAACAGGCCAGAUCCUGGGAAUUUAUCAGGCAAAAUGUAAUUAAAAAAAGUUCCUUAUUAGUGACAGUCCCAAGCCUUGAGAAAUCUCUUUCAGAGCUUCAGGUGGACAUUCAGCUCAACCAGUGGGUAGAAGCUCUGCCAUUGGACUAUGAUGUAUUUCUGGAAGAAGAUGCUGAUAGAGAAGCACUUGAACAAAUUUACUUGUACAAAAUUCUCUAACAUAAAUAUGUACUGACAUUAUUUUUUCCCCAACCAGCUUUUUUUGAGGCUUUUAUUGUUGCUUUUAUCAAAGUUACUGUAAUUUUAUAUAUUGUAUUCUGCCUUACUGUAUUUUUAUGAAAA